AUGCACACACAAACCCUCACACCGAUCCCGAAUAACACACCCAUAACCUCAGACCCCCCACAACCCGAAACUGAAACUUCCACGCCGGCCCAACGAUCGAAAGCGAGCUCAGCUCCCGUCCCGCCUCCGAGCCAACCCGCCCUCAAUAAAAAUAAAAAUAAAAAACACCGCGCAGAAGAAAUCAUGCGUCCUCCACCUGUUGCCGCCGCCGUCGCGGCCGCAGCCGCAGGACCACCCCGCCGCCUCCUCUUCAUAGCCUCAAUAGGCAACCAGGGUCCGUACCGCCGAACCAGACACAGCGCAGGCCACAUCCUACUCGACGAGCUUCUCCCGCAAUUGCGGGCGCGAUGGAACAGCGACGCGCAGACCCAACCACAAACACAAACACAAACACCGCCCAUCGGCGCAUACUACACAACAUGGUACAGCCCAUCCUUCAUGAACGAGUCCGGGCCCAAACUAGUGCGGCAGAUGGUAAAGUCCUUCGGGCGACAAGAUGAGGUUCUGGGACAAGGCCCGGCGCUGUCGCCUUGGCUGGCUGGGCUGGUUCCUGGCGCGACGAAGACACAGACGCAGGCACAGGGGUACCCUGCUACGCUGGUUAUCUUGCACGACGAGCUCGAGGCGCCGUUGGGUAAAGUGCGUGUGAAGCGGGGUGGGCCUGAGGUUGCUAGUUUGCGCGGACAUCGGGGCUUGAUUAGUGUUUGUGAGAGUCUGCGUGGGAAAGGAUUGUACCCUGCGCAGCUGCAGGGGCAACAGGGUCAAAGGCAGCAGGGGAGGAAGGGUGGGAAGGAGGAGUGUCUGCCGCGGGAUUUGUCUAUUUUGAGGGUUGGGGUUGGGAUUGGGAGGCCGGAUAGUCGGGCGAAGAAUGCUGUUGCGGAUUAUGUGUUGGCGGAGAUGGAUGCGGUGGAGUUGGCUGCUGUUAAGAAGGCUGUUGAGCCUGUGAUGGGGGUUUUGGAAGAGGAGUUGUAUAGGGUGUGA